UUGGUGCCAGGCAGCUCAAACACAGCUUUUAACAGCCCCAGAAACACCGCAAGAGACAAUGAGAGUUCGUCUCAAAGGGGAUGCGAUCUGUACCCUCCUCCUGCUGGUAGCGCUUUGCUCUUUACUCUACUCCCAACUGGAACAUUUAGUCCCAGCUGGAAACAAGGAGCUGACGCAGAAGAAGCCUUCAGUAACACCGAAAAUACUCUCUGACCCCAGAGCACCUUGGAGACAGAUGCCAGCAGAGGCGACGGUACCCAGACCCCAAGUAACUCCUAUUGUUAGACAAACAGAAGUGGCCAAGAACAGGGUCCAAACUACAAACGCACCCCCACCGACUGAUUCUGUCUUCAACUUCAAGCGCUAUCUCCUAAACAAGGAUAACAGGAACUUCAACCUCCUCGUUAACCAGCCCAAGAAAUGCAGGAAAACACCUGGAGGACCCUUUCUGCUCAUUGCUAUCAAAUCCGUAGUUGAAGACUUUGACAGACGUGAGAUUGUCCGGAAAACCUGGGGCAGGGAAGGUUUGGUGAAUGGGGAGCAGAUCCAGCGCGUGUUCCUCCUGGGAACACCAAAGAAUAGGACAGUGCUGGCGACAUGGGAGACCCUGAUCCAGCAGGAGAGUCAAACAUAUCGGGACAUUUUACUCUGGGACUUCAUGGACACCUUCUUCAAUCUGACCCUGAAGGAGAUCCACUUCCUGAACUGGGCUGCUGAAUUCUGCCACAACGUGAAAUUUAUUUUUAAAGGUGAUGCCGACGUUUUUGUCAAUGUUGAGAACAUUGUUGACUUCCUUGAGAGACAUGACCCCACUGAGGACCUCUUUGUUGGGGACAUCAUCUACAAUGCCCGCCCUAUCCGCGUCCAAAAGAGCAAAUACUAUAUCCCAGAGACCAUGUAUGGGCUAAGCAUCUAUCCAGCCUAUGCAGGAGGAGGAGGGUUUUUGCUGUCCAGCCGCACCAUGAGGAAGCUCUCUAGGGCUUGCAGAGAGGUGGAACUCUUCCCCAUCGACGAUGUCUUUUUGGGCAUGUGCUUACAGAGAAUCAACCUGAAACCCAUUUUACAUGAAGGAUUCAAGACCUUUGGCAUUGUCAAGCCUUCUGCUGCCCCGCACCUACAGACAUUCGACCCCUGUUUUUACAAAGAUCUCAUGGUAGUUCACAGUCUGAAAGUUGCUGAGAUCUGGCUAAUGUGGAACCUGCUCCACAGCCCACGUCUUUCCUGUACUCAGAAGAAGCAAGUGAAGAAGCCUUUCCAGUGGAAAAAGAAAGCUCCAAUAACCACACAGGCAUCACCCCUCAGAUAA